AUGCCGCAUUGGACUGCUCUAGUCGCAGAGAAGAAACAGAGGCAGUUAAAGUCUAUUCCACAGGAAUGGCUUGUGACUCUGCCUCCCGACUCUACUCUGGAUGUGACUGGUUUUCCAGAGACAUGUGGCCUUCUGAAUGCACGAGAAAUUGAGAUCACCAACACUUCCGUGGAUAUUUUGUUGGAGAAACUUGCAUGUGGCGAAUGGACAGCUGUAGACGUGACCACCGCGUUCUCGAAGAGGGCCAUUGUUGCCCAUCAGCUUGUCAAUUGCUUGACGGAAAUAUUUGUUGAUCGUGCUCUGGCCCGAGCGGCUGAACUCGAUGAUCACUUGAAAAAGACAGGCAAGGUCGUUGGUCCCCUCCAUGGACUGCCAAUUUCUCUGAAGGACCAACUCUGUAUCAAGGGACUAGAAACCACUAUGGGUUAUGUCUCGUGGAUUGGGCAGUACGCGGAGAAAAAUGCAGUGCUAGUCGACAUUUUGCUCGAAUGCGGAGCCGUACCAUUAGUUCGCACUAACAUUCCACAGACACUCAUGUGGGGAGAAACCUUCAAUAAUGUUUUUGGUCGGACAACUAACCCACACAACCGCUCCUUGACCUCGAGUGGGUCAUCGGGAGGAGAGGGUGCGUUGAUCGCCCUCAAAGGAAGUCCUUUGGGAGUUGGUUCAGAUAUUGGAGGCUCAAUUCGUGGUCCCUCUGCAUUCUGCGGAAUAUACGGCUUGAGACCGUCAUACGGACGUGUACCAUACUGCGGUGCCCGCAACUCACUGGAGGGCCAAGACUCGAUUCUCUCCGUGUUUGGUCCUAUGACAGACAGCGUCGGCGGGAUUAAAGUCUUCAUGAAAGCUGUCGUUGAAGCAAAACCGUGGCUCAAAGACCCUCUUGCCGUUCGGAAGAAAUGGAACGAAGAUGAGUACAAUCUCACGGAUCAUGGAUCUGGCAAGGAUUUGUGCUUUGCGAUCAUGUGGGACGAUGGCGUCGUUGUUCCCCACCCACCUAUCAGGAGGUCCCUGAAAAUGACCAAAGCGGCUCUCCAGAAGGCGGGCCACAAAGUUGUUGACUGGAAACCUAUCAAACACAGAUUGCUUGGAGAAGUUACACGGGACAUUUGGAACGCCGCUUCCGCUGAGGACUUCAUGAUCACGACCUCUGUUACAGGAGAGCCAAUAAUUGCAACGAUGGAGCUGGACGACGUAGUAGCAUCCUCUCUUCCGCAGAAGAGCGGCGGUAUUACCGCGUAUCAGCUCUGGCAAGUGCAGAAGCUGCGUCAAAAUAUUCGGAAAGAAUAUUUGGACCACUGGGAAGCAACUGCGUCAGAGACUGGGACAGGACGCCCUGUCGAUGCUAUCAUCUGUCCAGCUGCACCGUAUGCGGCAACUCCCCAUGGGAAGAACUGCUACGGCUAUUACACCAUGGUUUGGAAUGCGCUUGACUAUCCCGCUGCAAUUUUCCCCGUGACCACUGUCGACCCCAUUCUCGAUGGGAAGGAGUUGACUCAUGACUUUUAUGACGAGAUUGAUAAGAAAGUUUACGAAAUGUACGACCCGGAGAAAUUCAAGAAUGCUCCUGUUGGUUUGCAACUCGUCGGUCGGACUCUGGAGGAAGAAGCGGUCAUAAGAAUGACAGAGAUUGUCGAUGCGGCGCUGGCAGCUGCCAAAUAA